UGUCUUCAUAUCGUCUCCUUCCCGCUCUUCAUAUUUGCCCAUUUUCAGUGAGGAUCCACUGGCUGAACGAAACGAAGCUCUCAGGACUUCGGACAAUCUUCGAUGAAGCGGCGAUCUUGCUGCUGACCGCCAGCGAACAAGACACCUUUUCGAGACGAGUCAACAAGACCACCGCGCCAUCUGGUGAGGUUUAGGUUUUUCAUAUGUUUUCCCUCUCCAGGUCCUUCCGUGUGCAGGUAACUUGUCCUUUGCGCUACGGUACUGCCAUCUAACAGGCUGUGCCCUGCAGACUGCGGUCGCGGGCUGACCGCGUCAAGCGAUCUGUGGCGGGUAAUUCGUGCUUGUAAAAGGAAAGAGUUCUGUUAGCUGGUCGGUUGUUCAACCUCGAUUUGAAUUGCGAUUUCACGUCUCUCGCUUUUUGCUCUCGCCCAUGCUCAAACUCUAUUCUCUGAAGGACUGCUAUCCAGCCGUCAUUUUGAUCUCUUCCCGCAACGGGUGUGAAUUCGCACGGCUCCCCUGCCUGCGAACUCCUUGCCACUGCAUAUUUAUUUUACCUUCCGGCUAACCAUCACUUCUGCUUCAUUUCCGUGUCGUACCACGUGAAAGGCCAGGAGCCUUCUUCGCCAUUUUUUUCGGAGAGAAUUGUCGUCCUUUUCUCCGUGUCUCGCUGUGCCUCGAAUUUCUCGAGGUGUCGUGCCUGCAUAGCUGUCUCAGUUCCCGCACGUUACUUCCAGAUUCGUCCGCGGAAGCCAAUGUUCCCUGAGGAGUUACUCCUUCCUACGUGAGUCCAGCGGCUUUUUCCGCUGUGCUUUUUACGGAAUGAAAACGCGCAGUGCGACGCCGUCUCUGCAUGCCACUAGCUGUCGUCGUCGAGCUGUCUGUCACCUGCCUUGCUGUCACGUGGGUUCCGACUGCUCUGUCCUCAUCGGCUCCUCGCGACUCUCGUGCUUAUCAUCCGCUUCAACGGUUGCUUCCAUCACUCAGCCCUCUCUAGUUGUCGUUCCUUUGCCGCAGUCCCGUCCUCCCUCUGGCUCCGUCGGUUUCGCGCUUCACGCCCUCGAGACUUCUGUACCUCAGGACUCCGACUCGAGGAUGUCUCGGAGGUCCUCGCCCCUCUCGGAGGCUGCGUGUCCACGGGAGAGGCGCAGACUGCGCGACCCGGAGCUCGAGUCUCUCUCAACUUGCGACGAGGAGCAUCGGAAUUCCCUGGUAUGGGAGAUGGGAGUGCCAGGGCCUUCGCGUCCCACCUCUGCCCAGAAGCCGAGAAGGAAGUCCGCGUCUGCGGCACUGACGUCCCUCCUGGCGAGCACAGAUCCUCGCGAUCAUGUCUAUGGAACUUGUCCUGGAGGUCGAAGUGCAGUCAAUGCAGCUGUGCGCGAGUUCGGGAGAAUCGAAGAUGCACGCCAGGCGGCCUACGAGGCGUCCUGUCUUGAGGACUACGGUGGGAAGAGAGAAGAGACACAACGAACAAGACUCUCCUGGCUUUCUUCCACGCUCGCCUUCCUCGGCCUGGCCUGCCUUUACCUCACGUGGCUCCUCGACGUUCAGACAGAAACGAUGCUGCCCGUUCUCGGUUCGAUAGGCCAGGUGCUCUCGAUGCCUUCAUUCGUUUUCCACGCCUUGCUGCGCCUCCAGAGAAGCCUCGCUUCCCAGAUUGCUUUCACCGCGAGCGACUCGCCAGCUGGAGACGGCCCAGCCGCGCAUCUAUUCCCUCACGCUGCAGGUGAAGAGAAUGACAGAGAGAUCAGCCGACACUUUGCAUUCCUUCCUGAAGGGUCUCUCAGUGCCACGAGCGACCAGGCCAGAGAGACGGAACCGCAGGAAAACCACAUGAGGGAACAGAUUGUUUUAAAGCCAUGGAUGCCUCUCAUUCGACAACUGGACGACUGGAUGGAAACGGAAUUUGCAGAAGGCGCGGGAGAGAAGGAACCUGGAGAAAAUCCGGCCAACCCAGAAGCCUUUCUGUUUCGUCCGCGUCUCCAACGGGGGUUCCAAAAGGAUGACUUUCAAAGGGAUCACCUCUCUGCGGAGUCUCAGGCUGCGUCGUCGGGAUCUAGAGAGGAAGGCAAGCGAGAGCGGAAAACUGACAGAAGGGAAGCAAUCCAAGAAGCCUGGAAGGCCUUUGCGGACCUACAGCGCUCUUGCGCGAUUCCCUACCACGACGGUGCUUUCCUGAUACCAGAAGAGACCCCACAAAACGACCCGCUUCUUCAACUGCCUCGAGAAAUGCUUCUCUCUUCUCGCGACGCCUCCGCGGCCCUCCGAAAGCGCUGCAGAGUUCCCCUUGAUCUCUCGUCGUCGGCUUCGUCGAGUUCCGAAAGUCGCGCUUGCUCGCCGAAUGAGCUCUUGGGGCUUCUCCUCGUGCGCGAGAAGCAACUGCAGCGAGAGUUGGUUCGAGACACGUUUUUGCGUGUCCCCCAAGAGGACGAAAACUUGGACGAGAUGCGGCGAAGGCUGCCACCUUUGCCGUUCUGCCUCGUGAAGCCCACGAAGAACGCCUUUUUUUUCGACAAAGCCCACUGGGAAGCUCUCGAGCUCCUCUCCCUCCUUCAAAAGAAACCUCUGGAUCUCUUCCUGGCCGAACUCACGCAUGCAGCACGGGAGACCGGCGUCUUUGGCGGAGACUCUGAAGACAGCUCGGGCCACAGAGGGAGAAGUAGCGAAGACUCGGACAUCCGCGACGCGGCCAGCAUUCUCUACAGCAAAGGUCUCUGGGACCUCGAUGACCAUGUCGCUGUCGCGCCCGCGGGGUUCGAACUCAAAGGUCACUUCAAUCGAUACUCAUGGAACUCUGAUGAAGCGACGAUGCACGAGGCAAAGGAAAAAAGUUUUUCGUGGAAGGCGCGUGGAGACUUGCCUUCCGGCUCUCAGAUCCUCGUCAACCAAGGCCAGCUCAGCAACUUGCACACUCUGCAUCGCUUCGGCAUCGUCGAAGAAUCGAAUUCUUGGGGACCUGUGUUCCUCUUCAGAAGAAUUCACGACGAAGAUUUCGAGAUUUCCCCGCCAUUUGCUUCUUUCAGACACGCUCGAGGUGUCGCUGUUCCGGGAGAGCUGCUCUUCGCUCAUACGCCAGAGAACAUGCGGAAACUCCCUUCCUGGAUGCUGAGAAAGCGUGUCGUCCCCAGGGACGGGACUAUGUGCUUCCACCCCGAAUAUAGGGCGAAUCCGAACGCGCACUAUAGCUGUCCUCCUGUAGCGAAUGCGGGCGAAGCAACUGAAGAAGGAAAUGCAGAGGAACUACCCGAACUGGACCGACCCUCGGCUCAAGAGUCUCAGACGUCGACGGGUCAGGCGGGGAUGGUCUGCGAGCCUUCAGUUUUUUUCAACCGAACGUUCGGAUUCGGUUCUCUCGUGCUGCACCGACGCGGACCUAUCGGGGGCUUCGACAGAGUCUCCUACCAGUGCCUCCGAGAGCUGGUGUCUUCUUCUCUCGUCGCGAGUUCACGCGAGAAACCGCCACCAGAUGGAGAAGCAGUCGAGGUGGAGGAGCUCGAAGACACGGAAGGCGUCUCGCUCGCGACGAAGGAGGCAUUGACGGCCAGCCUCCUGAAAGAGGCGUGCUUCCUGCAACUCGAGAAUACGCAGCAGGCGGUUUCGCUGCUCAAGGAGAGACAGAGACAGGAGGAGAAAGCGAAGGAGGAAAGCAGAGAAAAGGGCAUGGCCCUGGGCAGAAAGGCGGGAGAGCAGAACGACAGUGAAACGCAGGUGACGGAGAUGAUGCUCCAGGCUGCCAAGGGCGACGAAGAACUUUUGCAGAGAUGUGUUCAGUAUUUCACGGCUCUGGAGAGAAGAGCAACCGUUUGGGAGCGAGCGAGUGCGCAGUUUUGAGGGUGGAAAAAAUGACCGAAGGUGACCAGGAAAGAGAAGCUUCGCGGGCGCGCCCCGCUUCUCCUUGGGAGACAGAUACGAACAUUGCAGAGAGAAGAGAGUCUUUUUCUCUUGGAAACGAAGCGAGAAACAUUUCGAUGUUCUGGGAAAAAACUUCGACCGAGGAAAGGUUUUCCCGUGCGACUAACACAAAGGCUGCCGCUCACCAGACAGCCCCUCCGUGAUACAAGACGACGAGCGACAUACGCAGGCAUUUUCAGGCAUUUUCCGCGUAUCUCCACUUCUGAAAAUACAUGGAUGCGAGUCACCAUGUAAAAAUAGCCACUCUUGGACAAACGGCUUCGUAGCCAUCUUUCGGCUCCCUCUAUAGCUCUGACUGUCACUCCACUGGCUCGAAGACACGGAGAAACGCAUUAUCCAUUUCUCUCCUCUUUCCCCUUUCUAAACAGAUGCGCCAUUCAGGCUGACACUGAAAAUUCACAGAUGGAAAACUCCAUUUCACUAUUCGGAUGUGCACAUGGAAGUAGGUCUCUCUCUCGGACGCUCGAGACGCACUCAUUACAGGAGGGGAUUCAAAGACUCCAGGGUGCUUCUGGGGAGCUCGACAAUCGUCGCUUCAGCUCGACGGUCCUCUAAUGUUGUGAGUCAGAGUACCCAGGAAUUCAAGAGAGACCGUUUUCUCAGGCGGCGUCCUGAAUCCUCUCCUUGUUCCUCAUCGUGUAGCUCGGCGUGAACGCUCUCAAACCUGCACCUGGUGUAGCUACAAACGCGAGAGUUCCAUUUGGGAAGUUUUCACGUCUAUGCAACCUCAGACGUGGGUUCAGAACUUUUUUUGCUUGAAAAAUAUCACUGGCAUUUCCCUUUGAACAGUGCCUGAUAACUUUGUGCCAGCAACCGCGGUGACACGGGGGGAUACAAGUGUUUUCCAAAGUUACCGGGAAAGCAGCGGAGGUGAUGCGGAAAAAACCCAGCAGGUUUUUUUUCAUUUCCGUUCUAGACAACGCAUGCAGAGUGGACUGCAUCCGUCUAACAUGCGUGUAAAUGUGUGGUUUUAAGUACAUUUCGCUUCGACGAGCAACCGAACUUCUUUGGCACACAGACCGACAGACACAUCCCAUCUGAAAGAAGGUGGUCUGUAGACGCCGGAAAAGGCUUUCGCCGGUGGCGAACAGUUCUGAUUCGGAAGCGGAGUGCUCCAUUCCUCUCCAUACUUUCGAGAUCAAACAUGAAAAAGUCAGACACUGAAAGUCGCCUGUUCGGUUUCUCAGUUUCAGCCGACUCAGUCGCUUGACCAGCGCGUUGUUCCCCCCUCGUGCGUUCUGAGACAGCGUGAGUGGAGAGGAAGGAAGUCUGUUUCGUGUCUUUGAAUCCAGAAUCCCUUAGCGCAGCGAUAUUGUCCUGUUAUGGAAAGCGAAGGAUCUCUCGUAGAUCAUUUCGGUAGCAAGAGCGCAGUGGAAGAGGCGGACUCUCAUGUGUUGCGUUACUCUCGCUCUCUGCACACUUUCCUCUCGUCGUUUGCUCAUUUCGUUUCGCUUGUCAUCGCACCUCCAGCAUUUCUGCAGAUCCAGCGAACGUGUCUCUCUCGGAGUCUCUUUUUCUCGACUCGUUUCCUCAACACUGUUUCUCGAGCUGCUCUCUGCUCUCUCGGGGGGGCAUCUCCCUUCCUCACUGCCUUUGGCGUCUCUCUCAACGAGCCAUGCCUUCUCGGGCUGGACCAAGCGUUGAAAACGGACCGCUCUCGCCACACGGUUCCUUCUUGUGACUACCACGAACCUCCUCUUCUGUCUCGGCGGAAGAACGAAAUCUAGCCACCUCGCCUCACGCCUCUGAGACGCGGAAAACACAUUUUCAUUGAAGCAGGUCGAUUCAACACAAUAUACCUAAUGCACCUUCAUAGACACAUAUACAC